UUGCGUGGCAACAGGUAGUUCUUGUGCUUUGGUUCUGUAAAUGCCUCUGCCUGUGACGUUUACAUGACUUUUGAUAGAUACUUGCAAAAGUAUAUAGGCUACAAUUAUUUAAUUUUCAGACAUCUAAACUGCUGUUGUGUUUUUCCCCUUUGGGAAAGUUAAAUUUACUCUUGAUCCCAGUUCAAGAUUUCGACCAGCUAGCCAUUAUUGCCUUUUCAGCGUCCUGAACUUUUCCCUCCGCUCUUCUUUUCAGUUCCUGUUCCUUUCAGUGGAAAUUUAGCAAGUACCAGCACUAGCGAUGGCCUGGGACGGAUAUAUUGACAAUUUAAUGGGCCAAGACAUGGACGACGCCGUUAUCGUUGGGUGCCAACCCGGCCAGGAAUAUGUAUGGGCGUCGAAUAAGACUGGGAAAUUGAAAGACGUCACGGCAGAGGAGGUCCAGGUGCUGCAGGGGCAUGACCGCGAUAGCCUGUUUGCUAAAGGGCUAACCCUGGCCGGGUGCAAGUGCACCAUGGUAAGGGACGGGAUCAAGGAUGAUUUCGUACCAUAUGUGGACCUGAGGACCAAGGGCACCGACAACUCCGCCAUCUGUGUGGCAAAGACAAACCAAGCUGUAAUCAUUCUAAAAGGAAAGAAGGAGACACAUGCUGGUGUAGUGAACGACAAAGUCCUCAGAAUGGCGGACUACCUGAGAAAGGCCAACUACUGAUUGUCUACUUCCUCUUCCUGUCCCCCCUCCAACUGUCUACCAUUUGGGAAGAACUGGAUUUUCAAGUUACACCCCUGCCACCUCCGCCCCCGCCCUCCCCCCCCCCCCCCCAAAGAGCUUUUUUGGAGAUGGGUUUUUGAUAUCACCAUGUAAACCUGUGAUCUGAUGCCAAAUAAACAUUUAUUCUAAAAAAAAAAAAAAAAGAAAAACAAAGAACCUCA